UGAAUCCUUCUCCGUAUUUUCCAGGUUAUAAAUUUUUACAUGAAUUUGCUGAUCGAACGCAGCAAAAAAGAAGGUCUUCCCAAGGUGUAUGCCUUCAACACCUUCUUCUAUCCAAAGUUGAUGGAGUCGGGCCAUGCGUCCCUCAAAAGGUGGACCAGAAAGAUAGAUAUUUUCUCGCAGGACUUGAUCAUUGUUCCUGUACAUCUGGACAUGCACUGGUGCAUGGCUAUAAUGGAUUUUAGGAGUAAAAGAGUUGAAUACUAUGACAGUAUGGGAAGUCAUAACAAUAAAUGUCUUACAGCUCUUCUCAAGUAUCUGGAAGAAGAAAGUAAAGAUAAAAAGAAAACACCUUAUGACACAUCGGAUUGGAAAGCUGUGAAUAUGGAAGAUAUUCCGCAGCAAACGAAUGGCAGUGAUUGCGGUAUGUUCGCGUGCAUGUUUGCCGAAUACAAAUGUCGAAACGCUAAGAUCACAUUCAGUCAGAAGGAAAUGCCUUACUUCCGUCAGAAAAUGGAGAAGGAAAUUCUAACGGGCAAAUUGAUGAUGUAAUCUUGUGAAAAGUGGUGAAUGUAGCAUAACUACCAAUCCGCACUGAUAAAAACUAUUGUUAAUAAAUUUUAACAAUUUUUGUAUUAUUAUUGCCUAAUAUUAGUUUAAUAUUAAUUUUUAAUAAUCUUGUAGGAUUGAUCUUUAUUUAUUAAUAAUCUUGUCUAAUGAUCAGUUAAGCAUUAACAAUAGUAGUCAUUAAUUUAUUCAAACCCUUCAAUUUUCUAUGUUUUAUUUUCAAGAUCUUUGUUUUGAUUUUCAAUCAUUUCAAUGUUGAUGAAAGAGAUAACCAUGUACAAUUUCUCAUAGAGAAACCUAACAGAUAGAAAAUUAUGCUGAAUAAUUCAUUUUUCUACUUUUCCAUUAAAUUUAUUCAGCUUACAGGAUGCCACUUA